UCAGCAGAAAGAAAGAUGGCAGUGAGCUCCGGCAGCGUCUCGUCCUUUUCCGAUGAUCAUUCGCAGAGUAUUAACCGUUUGAUGUUGAUCAAGUCACUAUCAGAGUUCAAGAAAGCGAUCAAAAAGGAGAAAGUUGACAUCAAACGAGUAAAUGACGACAACACGUCUCUUCUCCACUGGUAUUGCUCGUCAGGAAGGCAAGAUAUUGUUGAAUAUCUUCUUCAAGUGGGCGUACCAAUUACUGCGAACAAAACCAAUCACCAGACUCCAUUACAUUGUGCAGUCGAUUGCAAUGACAAGAUGAAGGAUACAAAGAGAGCGAAUAUUGUACGGUCGCUGGUUGCUGCUGAAGUAGAAGUGGAUCAACAAGAUGUGAAUGGUUGGACAGCUCUAAAGCUUGCCUGUCGUUCUGGAUUGUAUGAGUGUGCCUACUAUUUACUCAGCAAUGGAGCAGAUGCUGAAAAAUGUGAUUUUGAGGGCAAUACUGCUCUGCAUGAUGCUGUGUGUCAUUCUACUACAACACGACUUCUCAUCUCCUAUGUUGAUGACGUGGAUGUUGUAAAUUAUGAGCACAAAACUUCACUCUUAUUAGCAGUGUGUAGUGAGUCUAAGGAAAGAGAGCAGACCGUAAGUUAUCUUGUUCAUUCUGGAGCUGAUGUGAACAAGGAAGAUGCUUCUGGUCAAUUUCCUUUGUGGUUGGCUGCUAAUCGUAAGGAUACGAGCAUCAUUCAGAUUCUUCUAGAUGGUCGACCUGAUGUGAACAAAGCGGAACCACAAGAGAAAACUACAGCUCUCCAUCGUGCAGUAAUCAAUAAAGCAUGGCCUGUUUGUGUUCUACUGGUGAGACAUGGGGCAGACGUUGAUCUUCCUGAUGCAGAAGGAAUGACAGCUCUUGACUAUGCUAAGAAAUUUCAUCCUGAAAUGGCAGAGCAAAUGAAGGCUGAAUCUGCAGAACAGAAAUCAAAGGCGAGUACUUUAGUGUUAGAAGCUUUGUUUGAACAACUUGCUGGAGGACAUUUUGAUCAUCUGGAGCAGCUAUUAGGAAAUCUUCCAGAUGUGAACUUACAAGCCAAAGGCUGUAAUCUCAUACACAUGGCAGUUGUUCAUUAUCGAUUUGAUGCCACUGUGUUGCUUCAACAGAAGGGAGCUAAUUUGAGUGUUCAAACAUUUGAUGGCAAUACUCCAUUACAUUUAACUUGCCAAUGGCCAGACGAACAACAAGAGACAUUACGAAUACUGAGAUUUCUGGUAACUAGUCAGGUUCAACUGGAUAUUAAGAAUUCAUCUGGAGAAACAGCACUUUUUCUGGCAGCAGGAGCUGGUCUUUCUGAUCAUGUUUAUUGUCUUCUUGAUGCUGGAGCUGAUCCUCACCAAUGCAACAAGCGAGGUCUUUUGCCAUUACACAUUGCAUGCUCAAGGCCAGAGACAGUGAAGGUGACAUGGAGUUUAAUUAAUUAUUGUAUUCGCUAUUUGUUGGAGUUUGCUCGUGACACGGUGAACAUUCCAGAUUAUGAUGGAUGGACAUCACUCAUGUAUGCAGCAAAGACUGGAUGUGCAGACACUGUGCAGUCUUUACUGGCUUUUGAAGCUGAGGUCAACAUUCAAGAGCCAAACAAGGGCUACACUGCUCUUUAUCUUGCUGUGAUUGCCAAGUCAUUGGAAAUUUGUCAGUUGUUGGUGGCUUCUGGUGCAAGACUGGAUGUGAUGUGUAGUUCCAAACAUAUUACACCAUUUUACAGAGCAGCCAUGGACAACAAUGUUAACAUUUGUAUAUUGUUUGCUGCGCAAGGUGCUGACAUAUCGCAGAGAGAUGUUCAUGGAAACUCUCCACUGGAUCUAAUCGAAUCCCCCAGAUUACGUAGACAAAUUGAAGAAGUAUCACGAUUAAAGGCACAGACAAGACCACGUAUUCAUGGUCAAACCUCAGAGGGAAGAGCAACAAUCUCUACUGAAGGAUUAAAUGAUCCGAUAUUGCCAGGAUUUGUAGUUCGAGUUGAAGCUGAUGUACAUGUACCUGCACACUCAACUGAUGAUGAUCUUACUCCUGACAACAUUCACACAAGACCAUGUCUUUUCGUGAACAGUUUAGACAAGCCCACAUCUACAGCUCCAACUUCAAGCCAUCAAAAAGUCAUUGCCAACGUUUCCAGACCAAGGCUAGAUGAUGCUUCACAUCAAAUGCUACAUCUGGAAGAGGCACCAGUGAGAGGCUCACAAGUAAUUGACAAUCUAGGAAAUCUUCAUCAACCAUCUGAGGCAGCAGCUUUAAAUGGAAGAAUGUAUCAUGGGUUAGAUCAGAGGCAACCGGUCAUUCAACAGCCAAACAAUCUGUCACAGAUUGCAGCAGCACAGACUAUUCCAGCUAUGCAGUCACAUGGGCAGCAACACAUGACAAGCAUUGCACAUCAAAAGGACACUGGAAGACAUCGACAGAAGAAACCAUCUCAAUCAGGUAACAGUGACAUUACACGUAAUCGAGAAAAUGUGUUGGGACAACUACCACAAGAUCAGAAAACACAAGCAGAAGCAAUGUUAAAUUGUAUUACAAGUGAGGUAGCGCAUGUUACUCCAGUCAUGCAGUCGCAUGAUACUAAUGAGAGCCAACAGGACAGCAAUGUCAAGGGAAAAGCAACAUACACAGAUGAACUUGUGAGGCUCAGACAGGAAAAUAGUCAAUUAUUAGCUCAAGUUGAAACAUUAAGACAAGAAGAGAGUCAAUGGAAACAUCAAAUUGAGAACUUCAACUUUAAGACUGAACGCAAACAACUGUAUUGCACAAUUGCUGACAGUCGACGUAAACGAAAUGAAGCAAAACGAAAUCGUGAUGAAGAGAUAGCAGAAGUUGAUGAACUUUCAGAUAUGGUUAAGGCUUUAACAGUUGAGAACAAACAAGUUCAAGAAGACUAUCAACAGACAAUGGAUCAAAAACAGAAAGAAAUUGAUGGUUUAAAGCAAGAGAAAAGUGACCUUCAACGUGAACUGGGUCAAAGACAACAAGAUUUGAUUGGCUUGAGACAAGAGAAUGAGACUGUUUGCCAACAGUUGGUAAGGCAAGAGCGACUCACUGCAUCUCUACAGGAAGAUAAAGAAGAUCUUCAACGACGUAACCAACAUUGUAGUAGGGCAUUAGGGCAAGCUCAGAGAAAGCUUGAAUGUCAGGAGAUUUGCCGGAAUAUUUCUGAAGAAGAGUUGGAAGUCACUAAGCUUCGACUUGGUGGAGGAGCAUAUGGAGAAGUGCGAAUGGGCAGGUGGCAGGGAGUUGAUGUUGCAGUUAAAACUUUUCAUGAACAUCUUCGUUCUGAUCUGGAUGUGUUGGUGCGUGAACGCAUGAUCAAAAUAAUUCGACGCGAAGUCUCUAUAUGCGCUCAAGUUUGUCAUCCUAAUGUGGUUGCCACAUGUGGGGCUACAUUCACACUUGACUUUCCACUUCGUCUUGUCAUGGAACUCAUGGAAGGUUCAUUGGAGAAUGUGAUCGAUGCAGCCAAUGAAGUGAAACGCUACCUCACAAUGAGAGAAAAGGUAGAUUUAGCAGCAGGUUGUGUUUGUGGGUUGAUGUAUCUGCAUGGCAUGCCUGGCACUACACUACAUGGAGACAUUCGACCGUCUAAUGUUUUGGUUACACUGACCAUGGAAGCUAAGAUUGGUGAUCUGGGUGCACCACGUCUUGCUACUUCUACCUCUGUAUCGGUUGGUCAGCUCAGUCGACCAUACAUUGCACCAGAGCGAAUGGUUGAAUCAGGUGGAAAUCCUGUACACAACUCUGUGCAGGCUGACAUCUACAGUCUUGGAGUCACUUUGCUAGAAUUGUUUACUGGACUUGGAGCAGAUCCAGAUGAACGAGAAGAACAGCUCAGUCGUCUUUCUCAUCCUCGUUUGCUUGCAGUCACUUCAAAAUUGUUACCUCAUAAUCCUCAAGAACGAAUCAAGUCAGAAGUGGCAUUGAAAAUGUUACUUUCAGCAAAGGAGGAUAGAUCAUACAAGGCAUCACCUCCCAAGCGGAUGGUAAAGGGCAUUCGAAGUGGUUCACAGAAACUUGAACUUGUGGAUAAACCUUGGAUGUGAAGUCUGUCUUUGUGUGUUAAAUUGGACAGCAAACAUUGUGUUUUUUAUGUUAGUUUGAAUUUAUUAUCCAAAUAGUUAUGGAUUGGUGGGUUUGUAUUGAUAGGUUUGUAUUGAUAGGUUUGUAUUGGUGGUUUUGUAUGUCACAUUGUUAUUGUUUAUACCAUGGGUUUUAUGCUAGAGAGACUGAGAUGGUGGUACUUAUGUCAUGUUUGCAGUUUACUGUCAGACUGUAUAAUAAUUUGUGUACUAUUUUUACAGGUUGCGUCAAU